UGUCAGUGGAUGAGAGCCGGGGCCAGAGAUCAUGGUCCUAGUUUUCUCUCUGACUUAUAAGAUGUAUUUUAUUUUAUUGUGUGAAGGGGGCUGUGAGGAAACUGGGAGUGUACGGAGAGCUAAGCUGCCAGCCGGAAGGAGUUUGAAGACACAAACACACAUUGAGUCAGUCCUGAGGUGAGGAGCAUAAGAACAGGAUUACAAACAAACACAUCAAGAAAGAGUUGUCCCCAACAGUACAUCAACUGCAGUCCUCAAUAGACUUGCUACAGAAAAGAACGCCCCACCCCAUCCCAGGCCAUGUCACGCUCAGCUCCCACAGAGGCCACACCCUCACUCUUGAGCCAUGCCCAGAAAGCCCACAGCACAGAAACCCCACGUGCCCUCUGAGCCUGUGCACCUGCUGCGACUGGGUCACAUCUCCACAGAGCCCUUUCCCAAACCCUCCUCCAAAACCCAUAGCGAGUGGGUGGCACAUCAUCGAGAACUUCCAGAACUACAGGUUUGUCAACAUGGAGUCUCAAUCCACUCCAAAAUCUGACAUAAGCGGUCAGCCUCAGGUCACGGGGUCAACAGCGCAGAAUUCUGGGGAGUUAUGCUCCAUGGAUGGGCUUGGAUUUAAAUCCUCUAAUAUCUCAGAACUUUUGGCUUUAUCCAGCUUAAACUCCUUACAAGUAGACUGCGUGAAUGACGUAGGAAUUACAGACGAUCUUCAAAAAGAGCAUACAAAUCAUAGCAACAGUGUUUUGGAGAAUAAUCAAUGUGAUUUAAAUGAUAACCACAACGAUGAGAGCAGUAACCAUAGAGACACGGAGCCCGAGGGGCAUCUACUCGAGGGCCCCUGUGAGCCUCAGGAUCAUGAAGGGACAGAACCGAAUGGAAAGAUCCCCAAUCGUGACAGCGGCAUCAAUAGUCCCUCUUGCGGGACAGAGGGGGAGGCGCUCCCAAACGAGGACCCUAUUGAGGAGGAGGACCGGAAUGAUAGCAUUGCCACGGAAACUGAGAGUGUGUCAUGUGCCACCACUAGCAACAAACGGGACUCAACACAGGAUGAAGACAGUGAUUUGGAUGAAGGGAGCGGUGAAUAUCCAGAGAGCCUGGAACUCAAAGGUUUGCAGUGUGACUCUCAGAAGUUGUUGAAUAUCGCUAAAGAGUUGCUUCAAACAGAAGAAGCUUAUGUCAAACGACUCAAUCUGCUGGACCAGGUGUUUUGUGCUCGUCUGACAGAGGCAGGGAUCCCUGCUGAUGUCAUCACAGGAAUCUUCUCCAACAUUUCCUGCAUUCACCGCUUUCACCAUCAGUUCCUUCUGCCUGAACUACACACACGCAUCACACAGGAAUGGAGCUAUAAUCCUCGCAUUGGGGACAUCCUGCAGAAAUUAGCCCCAUUUCUGAAGAUGUACGGCGAGUAUGUGAAGAACUUUGACCGGGCUAUGGAGCUGGUGAACACAUGGAUGCAGCGCUCCACUCACUUCAAAAGUGUCGUACAAAACAUCCAGAAGCAGGAUGUGUGUGGUAACUUGACGUUGCAGCAUCAUAUGUUGGAGCCAGUGCAGCGUAUUCCCCGUUAUGAGCUCCUCCUGAAAGAUUACUUGAAGAAACUGCAGGACAGCGCUCCGGACCGGAAAGAUGCUCAGAAUGCUCUGGAGUUGAUCUCCACUGCUGCAAACCACUCCAACGCUGCCAUCAGGAAAAUGGAGAAGAUGCACAAGUUGUUGGAGGUGUAUGAGAGGUUAGGUGGAGAGGAGGACAUUGUUAAUCCAGCUAAUGAACUCAUUAAGGAAGGACACAUCAAGAAAAUGUCUGCGAAGAACGGCACUGCUCAGGAACGAUACCUCUAUGUGUUCAAUAAUAUGGUGCUGUAUUGUGUGCCCAAGCUGAGGCUGAUGGGACAGAAAUUUAGCGUCAGAGAGCGAAUCGACAUCGCGGGGAUGGAGGUUCAGGAGAACCUCAAGCAGAACGCCCCUCACACUUUCACUAUCGUCGGCAAACAGCGAUCUCUGGAGCUCCAGGCCAGAACGGCUGAGGAGAAAGAAAACUGGAUUGAAGUGAUUUUGGCCACUAUUGACAAGCACAAGCAGAAUAGUGAGACGUUUAAAACGUUCAACAGCUCCAUCUGUCGUGAUGAAGAACACACGUCUGACACACCAAGUCCAGCGAUCAACACAAACACAUGCGAGACAGACGGAGCCCAGCAUGAGCGAAAGAGUUCAAAGAAGAGAGAGAAGGAGAGAGAAACAUGUAAAGGCUGCAACGAGACCUUCCAUUUCACCAAACGCAAACACCACUGCAAGAACUGCAGCGCAGCCAUUUGUGGGAAGUGUUCAAAGCUGUCAGAGAGCAAGAACUGGCGAAUGUGUAAAGAGUGUUUUGAAGUCCUGCAGGCAGCUGAAGGGACAGCAGGAGGCGGCACUGAGUCCAAGAAAAGAAUUGAGAAGCAGCAGUCAGUUGCACAGUCGUCUCCACGUGCAGGUAAAGUUGAAGAGUUGGCGCAGGAGCUGGGCGACCUUCACUAAAGCAGAACCUCUGGUGCUUUACCUUCAAACCCACACACAGGACACUCAAGGCUGUGACAUCACAUCAGUGACAUCAUCAGAGAAAGCGGUCAAACAUGAGUUCAGACUGAUUUGUGACCUUUGACCUUUCCUGUCACUAUAAAAGGAGGAGCCACCAAGAUUUCUGUCAGCAUAAGUGUGCACCGCAGCAGCCAAUAAGAUGCUUUCUCUCGCCUCAGGCCACACCCCUUUUUAAAGAACUCCUGUUACUUGAAAUCACUUUAUCCUUGGCACUUUGGUUCUUACUUUUAAUAUUUGCCUUCCGUCACAUUCUCUUUAUCACACAGGAGAAGAACUGUUUCUCAAUGCACUGUUCCACAGAAGAGCGAGCUGGAUGAAGUUUUUGGUGAAUGUUUCUGGAAUGUAAUAUGAUGAAUGUUAGAUUAUUAUUAUUUCUGUUUGUUUCCUUUCAGAUGUGUGAUUUGUUUAUAAGUUAAAGCAUUAACUUGAUGUUCGGUCGUGUACUGUCGGUUCAAACCUUCACACACCGAGAUUUUAUUUCGUUUUUCCUGCUGAUUUAUUAAAGAUGAAAAUCCUUCACACAGAACUGAAGCAGAGAAUGAGCAUGUAUACUAGUCAUGCUGUCAAAUACACAGCUGAAUGUUAAGCAAAGGAUUAUGGGUUUGAAUGUCAUGAAAUCUGGCAAGAACAUGUCUGGGUCACAUGUCACACAUGGGGGGUGUCCUGCAAAAGUUUGUUAUCAUUUUAAUAUUUUAAUGAGGAUGUCCAACUGUAUUUUAUGAAUAUUACAUCAUACAAAAGCAAUUUAGCAUAUUAAUGCUAAAGAGGAGGAACAAUUUGCUGUUUUGUGACACAUAAAGUGACGGUUUGAAUGAGAGACUGAAUCAAGCACAAGUGUUAAUGAAGUACCCAAUUUAUUUUGUCACUUUUCUUGUGGUGUCUCUCAUUUUCACAAAACAGCAGCAGUAUUGUGAUCUCUACAUCGUAAAUAUUGUUUAAACCCUUACAACAGAACCAGUAUUAUUACAAGCAUUUUUUGUGUACAAAAGUUGUCCUAUAAAAUAAAAACUUGAGACUAAAUUCUAUUAUCUACAGGAUUGAGUACAGCACUAAAAGGGCAUAUUGCAUAACACUGAUUGUGACAUUAGUUGUAAAUCACUUUUCAUGCUACUAUGAGCAGUAGAUCUCAUUGUGGUUGAUUCACCAAAAAGAACUGAUACAUUUCUUACACAAGACACAAAAUAUUCCUGCAAAUAUGACAUUUUAGUGAACUUCUGUACACUUUCUUGGAAUAGGGAGGUGUCGACUGCAGCAUCUGAUUUGAUCAUAGUUAAAGAUGGAUGGAUUGAGAAAUGAUAUACUGUGAUGCGUUAAUGUUGUGUGAUUUUCUCCAUUUCAUCAUCUUAAUGACAAAAUCGCUUGCUGAGUUUACCAGAGAUUCUAGGUGUGGAUUUAUGUAUAAUCUGAAUAGAUCUGUAUAAAAAGUAGAGUGAAGUUAUUUUUAAAUUAAAGUAUGUGUACUG